UGAGCGCGCGCGGUGCGGUGUUCUGUGCUGCAGUACUGGAGGCGCGUAAACGAGGGCACUAUUAGAUUAUGUACGGUACGGAGCGCGCGCGAGGCUCAAGCCGUUCCGCUUUCUAACGCUAGGAGCCCAAGCGGCGGCGGCGCGCAGCCUCCAAGCCAGAAAAGCGGCUUAUCCCGCGUGCGUGCGCACGUUUAUUCAUCAUCCCCGCUGCUUCGACUUUCAUUAGAGUUUAAGAGAUCCGAGCAAGAUCUCAGCUCAGGAGGUCGGACACAUCGGAGCUCCCACUGCGAACUGUGUGUGUGUGUGUGUGUGAGUGUGUGUGCGCGCGCGGGCGUGCGUGCGUGUGUAUGUGCAUUGGUUUUGUUGUUGGUGGGGUUUUUUUGGAGGAGGCAGCGCCUGUUUAUACUGAGCAAAGUGUAAGAACACGAGGACGCAUCGCUCCGACAGAAAGGAGACCCAGAGCAUGAAGCCAGCGGCAGUGUUUUACAGCUCCAAGAUGAUCUUCUUGAUCAUGGUGAUGAUCGCACCGGGAAAAGGUUACUUAAUGGAUGGGAAGAUGGCAGCCACUCAGAAAGGUGACUCUCUAGACAUAGAUGACAAACAUGGCAUAUUCCACAGCACACCAGACACAAUUAAAGAAUCUCCCCUGGUCACUACAGCCCCACCCUUCUCUGACCUUAACCACCACCUUCGGUUUCAAACUAUUGCUCCACCUGAUACACGCUAUCAGAGCCAGGAACAGUUCAAAGAGAGCAGAGGUGUGGACCAUCAUCUCUUCAAGUCUCUAUCAGCUCAACGAGUUCCUCAUAAGGAUGCAGUGCCAUUCUCAGAGGUGGUUACAGGGGCUUUCUCUAGGCAUGCUACAAAACUCCCUGCUGGGAGCCUACAGUGGAGUGGAGCUAUUGGAGAAAUCCAGAGGCAAAGCUCAGAGGAAAUGUCCACUGAAUCACUGACCACCAGCAUCAUGCCAACUUCCGCGCCACCUCCCUGCCAAACAGUUCCUGAAGAACAGUUAAGACAUCCAUAUGCAGCAAACACAGAAGACAGAAAGGGUAUUACAACACUGGUGAUGAGAGAAGUGAAGGAAGUAUUAAGGACUGGACAGAGACACAAGGGUCCUACCACUGAUGCAAACAAAGUGACACUGUCUGUAUCUGGGGAUCAGGAUGAUGAGACUACCACAACCACUAUUUUCACCACCACUAUUAUUACCACAAUACAGACUCCAGCUCCGUGCAGCAUCAAUUUCACAGCACCAGGGGGCUAUAUAGAGACACCACCACAAGGCAGCUGUGACUACUCCAACUUUGACUGCACAUACACCAUGACUGUCUAUAAGGGCUACGGGGUGGAGAUUCAGGUGAUGAAUGUGAGUUUGACUGAAGGGGAUUCUGUGAGGUUUGAGGACCUGGGAGGCCGUGAGCCAGUAGUGCUGGCUAAUGAGUCCAUCUUGAUAAAGGGCUUGGUGGUGCGCAGCUACAGCAACCAGAUCUCUGUCCAUUUCCACAGCCAGCAUCCCUGCCACAGCUUCUUCCUGUUACGCUACCAAGCAUUUGUUCUGAGCUGUAAUUUUCCCGAGCGUCCAGCCUACGGUGAUGUAACUGUCAGCAGUCUGCAUGCAGGUGGAGAAGCUUAUUUUUACUGCUUUACCGGCUACCAGCUUCAGGGUCCCUCCACCCUCACAUGCCUCAAUGCAACAACUCCGUACUGGAAUGGAAAAGAACCCAGGUGUCUCGCGGCCUGUGGUGGAAUGAUGAAGAAUGCCACAUUUGGCCGUAUUGUAUCUCCUGGUUUCCCGAGUAACUACAGCAACAACCUGACAUGCCACUGGGUGCUGGAGGCUCCAGAAGGACAUCGGCUACAUGUUCACUUCGAGAAGGUGGCUCUUGCCGAGGAUGAUGACAGAUUACUCAUCAAAAACGGGAACAACAUUGACACCUUGACGCUCUAUGAUUCUUAUGAAGUUGAAUAUUUACCUAACGAAGGCAUCAUCAGCACCUCUAGAUACAUUUUUAUCGAGUUUACAAGUGAUGGCUCUGGCACUAACACUGGAGCCGCAAUCAGAUAUGAAGCUUUCACACCAGGGCAUUGCUAUGAGCCUUUUGUCAAGUAUGGCAACUUCACCAGCAGUGACAACAGCUACGCUGUGGGUGCAGUGGUAGAGUUUAGCUGUGAUCCCGGAUACACGCUGGAGCAGGGCUCUGUUAUCAUCGAGUGCAUGGACCCCAAAAACCCACAAUGGAACGAGACUGAGCCUGCCUGCCGAGCGGUGUGUAGUGGGGAGAUCACUGAUUCUGCUGGGGUGGUGCUGUCUCCAAACUGGCCUGAAGCUUAUGAUAAAGGCCAGGACUGCAUCUGGGGUAUCCAUGUGGAGGAGGACAAGCGGAUCAUGCUGGACAUCCAAGUACUCCACAUGGGAAUGAAUGACCUGCUGACAUUCUAUGAUGGAGAUGACUUGACUGCUAAGGUACUGGGCCAGUACAGUGGCUCUCGGCCACGUUUCAAGCUCUACACCUCUACGGCUGAUGUCACCAUCCAGUUCCAGUCUGAUCCUGCCACCAACGUUUACGGCUACAACAAUGGCUUUGUGGUGCACUUCUUUGAGGUUCCUCGUAACGACACGUGUCCAGAGCUUCCUGAGAUCACUAAUGGCUGGAAAACUACAUCUCACCCUGAGCUGGUGCAUGGUACAGUUGUGACCUAUCAGUGUUACCCAGGCUUUGAGGUGGUAGGCACUGAAAUGCUUAUGUGCCAGUGGGACUUGACAUGGAGUGGCGACCUGCCUACCUGUGAGAGAGUGCUGUCAUGCCCAGACCCUGGUAUGGUAGAGCACAGCCGCAGGGCGAUGUCGGGUCCUCGACUGAUUGUGGGCUCGACUGUGCAGUACAUCUGCAAUAAGGGUUAUUCUCUGUCUGGAAACAGUCUCCUUUCCUGUUAUAGCCAUGAUUCCACUGGACCCAAGUGGAGUGAGAAACCACCCAAAUGCCUCCAUACAAAUGAAGCCUGUAGGAAUCCAGGAAUCCCAGCAUUUGGUGUCCAAGUAUCAGAGAAGCAGUUUUACCAAGCAGGAGAGAUAUUGCACUUCUCCUGUCGUAGUGGUUAUAAGCUUAUUGGCGAGGCAAAUAUUCGCUGCGUCCCGAAUCGACCAUCGAAGUGGAGUCACUCACCUCCAGUGUGCAAAGCAGCAGCACUGGAGUAUGUAAAUGAGCGCAGGCUUGGUGUUGCCAGAACAGAUUUCAGCAUGGAGGGAGCCAAUGUGGUCUUUGCUAUCUUCAUUCCUGUAGCUAUAAUUAUGUUGAUCGUCAUGUCCAUAUACUUCUAUUUUUCAAGGGUGCAAGGAAAGACUUUUCGAUUACCCAUGUCUGCAUCACCACAGUAUGACCAGAUCAGAGGCGAGACAGCCUUUGAGAAUCCCAUCUAUGAGACAGCAAAGAACAGUGAGAGAGUGAUCAUUGCGCCCAGACACCAGCGGUUCUUCCCUAUAGGAUACUGUUGUAAUGAGAAAGCCUGUAAGGAGAGUUGAUCGGUGGAAUAGCACUGUUUGGAGCAAAACAGGUUGGGGACCAUAGGACACAAGAGAGUAUGAAGUCUCCAUUUAGACAUACUGCUUAUGCCCACUUUGAGGACCUGAAGCCUUUCUUUGCCUUGUGGAGGUUCCCCAGCACCUUUUUCCUGUUUUCUGACCUCCUCUUAUCCUCAUCUCGCCCAUCUUGCCUCCCAGCGUCCUCUCCUGGUCGGGUGUAAAUAUCCUGAUUGUCAGAGAAUUUCCACAAAUACUGCAAAGAGUGUGGAGAAUAUGAUCUUAUUUUUGUAGAGAUUCAAUAUCAGUGGUCUAGCAGCAAUGCUUUUACAGUUUUUAUCCAGUUAUGAAGCAAAGAGCUGGAGAUAAAUCUACUGAAAUUAAAGACUAGCUGCAUCCCAAAGUCUAGGCUGCAGCUGAGGUUGGUUCCUUUCAAAUAUUUAGUCACACAAAAUGAUAAAAAUGGCACAACAAAGGCCACAUGGGCACACUAUUGAAGAAAUUUCACACCUGCAUCCGUGGUAUGAAAGCACAUUCAAAUAUGCUAAACUAGAAUGUAUUGGUGACCAUUACAUCAUCUUGUAUUAAUUUUCAAGCAGAAUAUAUUAAUAGAUUAAUUACUCAUCUUAUUUUUUUUUCAUAAAAUGUUUAACAAAUUAGAUCAUAUAAUAUAAAAUUUUUUAGACUGUCAUUGAAAGUGUAAGGGCCAUUGCAGGUUGUAACAGAUACACCAGUGCAGAUUGCAGCCUAGACUUCGACAUGCACCUACUGUCAUCAAUCGACUGAUGUCUCUCUAUGAUCAAUUUUUAUUUAUUUGUUAUUAUUAUUAUUAUUAUUAUUAUUAUUAUUAUUAUUAUUAUUAAUUUAAGUGUUCCUGUCUUCUUCACAAGCAAGGGAAGCUGUGAUACAGUAUGUAGAACUGGAAUUUUGUUUUCCAUUUAUGAAUGUGACAAUAGAUCAGUCAAUCUGAUUAUGGUACAAAAAUUUUAUUUUGGGCACAAAAUAAACAGUCAAAUUGA